UACGAUAUGAUCCUCCUGCCCAAUCAGACCAAUCCAAACAAGAAACACUGGAAAUCUUGAGCCGCGUGCGCCAUUUUUCUUUUUCUACUCAUUUUGCCGACGCAGCCCGACAGCGUCCAGCGCGAACCGCCCACACGCGCCAGUCGCCGCCACCUACCGUCGCGUCAUCACCAUCACCGGUCAUCCAUCCUCAUCCUCCUCCAAGAACCCGGCAGAAUCAUCGCGAGAGCACCAUGUCCAAUCACGACGUGGCGUGGCCGUCAGCUUGAUUGAUCUUGAGCUGCAGCACGGGGAUUGGCUCGCUGUUAGUCUGUCUGUCGGACCAUCCAUCCCUCCAUGGCGCCGGAAGUGAAGGUGCCGCUGCUGGAGGGGAGGGGCGCGACGCCCGCGCAGACGCUGGGGAACAUCGUCGUGUCCAUCGUCGGCACCGGCGUGCUCGGCCUGCCCUUCGCCUUCCGCACCGCCGGCUGGCUCGCCGGCGCCCUCGGUGUCGCUGGUGCCGGUGCCGCUACAUUCUACUGCAUGCUCCUCCUCCUGGAUUGCAGGGACAAGCUGCGGGAGCAAGAAACAGAGGAGGACGGGCUCGGAGAUGAGCAGCGCCGCCAUGGCGAUGGCGGCAACUACACCUACGGGGACCUGGGGGAGCGAUGCUUCGGCCCCGUCGGCAGGCACUUCACGGAGGCCAUCAUCGUCCUCUGCCAGACCGGCGGCACCGUGGCGUACCUCGUCUUCAUCGGCCAGAACAUCAGCUCCGUGCUCCCCGCGCUCUCGCCGGCCACAGUCGUGCUGGCGUUCCUGCUGCCGGCCGAGGUUGCGCUCUCCUUCGUCCACUCCCUCUCCGCGCUCGCGCCCUUCAGCAUACUCGCCGACGCCUGCACCGUGCUGGCCGUGGCUGCCGUGGUCAAGGAGGACGUCGAGCUCCUGGUGGAGCGCGGGCGGCCGUUCGCCGAUCGGAGCGCGUUCGCGGGGCUAUGGGGCGUCCCGUUCGCCUGCGGCGUCGCCGUGUUCUGCUUCGAGGGGUUCUGCCUCACGCUGGCGCUGGAGGCGUCCAUGUCGAACAGAGCCAAGUUCAGGUCGGUGCUCCUCCAAGCCAUCGCCGGGGUCACGGUUGUGUACGUCGGCUUCGGCGUCUGCGGCUACCUGGCCUACGGCGACGCCACCCGAGACAUCGUCACCCUCAACCUCCCGAACAACUGGUCCACCGCCGCCGUCAAGGUGGUGCUGUGCGUCGCGCUGGCGCUCACGUUUGCGGUGAUGAUGCACCCGAUCCACGAGAUCGUGGAGUCGCGGCUGCUGGCGCCGGGCGGGUGGGCGCGGAGGCGCGGCGGCUUCGUGGAGCGGGCGGCGCUGCACCUGAGCCGCGUGGCGGUGGUGGCGGCGCUGGCCGCGAUAGCGUGCUUCGUGCCGGCGUUCGGGGAGUUCGCGGCGUUCGUGGGGAGCACGGUGUGCGCGCUGCUCUCCUUCGUGCUGCCGGCGCUCUUCCACCUCCGCGUCGUGGGGCCGACGGCGAGCACGUGGGCGCGCGCGGUGGACUACUUUUUCUUGCUCUCCGGCUUGGUGUUUGCCGGUCAUGGGAUGUACACGGUCUUGUCACCCCAGUGACAAUUCAAAAUGUUCAUCAAUUUA